AUGCCUAUCCCGCAGAUGCCGCUCAUCGUUUCGUUUGCGUUGAACCGGCUGCGUCAAGUCCCGACAUGCCUUGUCGCUCGAGGCAUAGCAUCUCUUCAGAAGAAUUGCAGUCAGAAGAGCAAAAGCCGCUGUGCAUACAUUACCUCGGCAGAGGCGUCGACAUCGCCAACAUCUGCGGCCCAAUCCCAGGACCGUUCAACCGAUGACGAGGAUGGAAGGGCAGCAACAGAGAAAUGCGAGGGAUGCGAGGGAUGCAAGCCAUCCCGGCAUCGGGGCGGACUGUACCGUAAGAAUGACGGAUACGGGUCCUUCAGGGUCUCUGGGGAGACAGCACCGUACAGCUGA